CGGGAGAUUCGAACCAACACUCUCUCUCUUGUCGGACCAUUCUCCACUCACUGUUUAAAUUUGGUAGCAUUGAACACGAGUUGACUUUUUGAGUGAAGAAUCAAACAACACGAGAUCGAUGAAGAAAGAAGCAAACUCAUCGAUAGAGAAAGAACAUGGUACGAAUCCUAAGAUCAGUAGGUACUGGAUUCAACGUUACGAUCUCUUCUCAAGAUACGACGAAGGUAUCGAAAUGGAUGAAGAGGGAUGGUACUCUGUGACUCCCGAAGAAAUCGCAAUCAAACAAGCCGAGAGAUGUCGUGGCAAAGUUGUGAUUGAUUGUUUCUCAGGCGUUGGUGGUAACACUAUUCAGUUUGCUAAAGUAUGUUCUUCUGUUGUUGCUAUCGAUAUUGAUCCAAUGAAGACUGCAUUUGCAAUGAACAAUGCAAAGGUUUAUGGAGUUGCUAAUCGUAUAGAUUUUGUCACUGGUGAUUUCAUGCAAUUAGCUCCAUCUCUCAAGGGGGAUGUAUUGUUUCUUUCUCCACCAUGGGGAGGUCCAACAUAUAGCAAAGUUGAGAGUUACAAGUUGGAUAUGCUCCUACCGAGAGAUGGAUACUCACUGUUUCAGACUGCCCUAUCGAUUACACCUAAUAUCAUCAUGUUUCUACCGAAAAAUGUUGAUUUAGCCCAAUUGGAAGAACUCGCUUGGCUCUCGUCACCUCCUCUAACUCUCGAGAUAGAAGAAAGCUGUAUUGGAGGCGAAAUAAAAGCCAUUACAGCUUAUUUUAGUAGCGAUGCGGUUUAGUUGAGAACUCUUUCUGCAUAACAAGGGAACAGAAGAAUUAACUCUUGUCAUUCAUUAUUUGUUCCUACAAUUUUAUAAUUUGUUGAGAGAUGUUUUUUUAAUUAUUAUUUCUGAUUCUACUUCAAAGGACAUAUAUAAAACUGUCAUUAUCCU